GCUGCCAGGCCUGCCGCCGCCGCCAGCAUGUCCUGUCCGGUGAAGAAGCGCCUGCCCGCCACCGUGCUGGGCGCCAUGGAGUUCGGGCGCCGCAUGGACGCCCCUUCCAGCGCCGCGUCGGUGCGCGCCUUCCUGGAGCGCGGCCACAACGAGAUAGACACGGCCUUCGUCUACGCAGAAGGCCAGUCUGAGACCAUCCUGGGCGGCCUGGGGCUCGGGCUGGGCGGCGGCGACUGCAAAGUGAAAAUCGCUACCAAGGCAAUUGCAAUGGAUGGGACGACAUUGAAACCCGACAGCGUCCGGUUCCAGCUGGAGACGUCGCUGAAGCGGCUGCAGUGCCCCCGCGUGGACCUCUUCUACCUGCACAUGCCUGACUACAGCUCCCCACUGGAAGACACGCUGCGCACCUGCCACCAGCUGCACCAGGAGGGCAAGUUUGUGGAGCUGGGCGUCUCCAACUACUCCUCCUGGCAGGUAGCCGAGAUCUGCACCCUGUGCAGGAGCCGCGGCUGGAUCCAGCCCACCGUGUACCAGGGCAUGUACAACGCCAUCACCCGCCAGGCUGAGAAGGAGCUGUUCCCCUGCCUCAGGCACUUUGGGAUGAGGUUCUACGCCUUCAACCCUUUGGCUGGGGGCCUGCUGACGGGCAGGUACAAGUAUGAGGACCAGGAUGCAAAAAUAAAGCCGGAGGGCCGUUUCUUUGGGAAUAGAUGGUCUGAGAUGUACAGGAAUCGCUACUGGAAGGAGGAGCACUUCAAGGGCAUCGCCCUGGUGGAGAAGGCCCUGCAGGCUGCAUAUGGCAGCAGCGCCCCCAGCAUGACCUCGGCCGCCCUGCGCUGGAUGUACCACCACUCCCAGCUGCAGGGCGCCCACGGGGACGCGGUCAUCCUGGGCAUGUCCAGCCUGGCGCAGCUGGAGCAGAACCUGGCAGCCGUGGAGGAAGGGCCCCUGGAGCCGGCCGUCGUGGAGGCCUUCGAGCGAGCCUGGCACCUGGUUGCCCACGACUGCCCCAACUACUUCCGCUAGGCUGCUCCCGGCUCAGGCUGCCAUGGCCCUUAUCUGAACGCCUUCUCCGUCCCGCCCCCCCCCCCCCCCCCGCAGUCUCUGCCUUAGCUGAGGCCUCCAGACCCUCGGGGUCCAUGCGCUCCCACUCCAGGCCCCGACCUGGGCCUGUGCCUUCGCAGUGCGGGCGGCCGAGGCCGAUCCUGCAGGAGCUUUGCCUGCUGAGUGAGGCGGGCCCUUCCCUGGUGCAGCCUGCCCGGGUGAACCCCAACCUCGUCUCCUCUGCUGCUUGCAACUCAUCCCGCAGCCCGCCCUGGGCCUGAGCGGGGGCUGAGCCAGGCGCUGGGUCUGAAAGGGCAGAUGCGGUGGGAGGGGUCCCCAGGUCUCCUGGUCCCGGUGCCGGCUCCAGGCUGACCGCUCAGCAGUGGCUGCGGGCCCUCAGUCCUCCCCGGCCGCAGGGUGUCUCCCUCAGGAGCCUCGCUGGGUGCUUAGAAAUGGGACCUCGGGGACGAGUCCCCGUGAGCGUCACCAGCAAGGACAAGGCCCCUCAGGAGGCCUGGCCCCUUUGUCACUGUCCCUGUCUCUGCCCUGGCUUCACUCUCACCCAGCUGAAGCCCCUGUCCUGCCCUCGGUAAGACUCGGCCUGGGCCUUGGCCUCCUUCGCUUGGGGUGGGGCACAGGCAGCCGGGUUCCGUGGCCUCUGCCAGUCCCUGGAGGCUGGGGGUAGAGGCCCAGGCCUGCUGGUGGCCCAUCCCCCACGCGUCCAGUGUCUCCUGGCUUGGGUGAGGGCAGCUGGGGGCUAGCAGUUGGCAUUCUCUCUCUCGAACUGACUUUCAAAUAAAUAAAUAAAUCUCUUUUAAAAAUA